AGAGAAGUUCUCUCAAAUAUUAUUCUUUCAAGAAUUAUUUAUAGGAACACUACACAUUAGUACCCAGAAGUACGGAGGGAUUGCCAUGAUAUUGGAAUCUCAUGUCAUACGAUGCAUCGGGGCCACUACGAAGCUCCGUUUGUAAAAUUGACGCUUCCUAUUUCUCGUUCUUCGCAGAAAACCUGGAGUUAUGUUUUGGUGGAUCAGACACGCAUUUGUUUAAACAAAAUAAAGUUUUAAAUUCCACUGCUUUUUUUUAGUACAAAUUCCACAUCCAAUUGCAUUUUAAAAGAAAGACUAGAUGGUCCGGAUGAGGAAGUGGUUCUCCAGAUCCAAACCUGCAAUUUUUAUCUGGUUCCUCUGUGUUCUUACCUUCUAUGCUCUCUUCAACAUCGCCAUCCACAAUUCAUCAGAAUGCUCUGUCUCGAAUCAUGAAAAGAGAUUGAAAUUGUAUGACAAGAUGGAAAGGGAUUUAGAGGAGCAUGGUGCUGCUUUCCUUAAACACGGAAAAACUUCUCAAUCACUGGCCCUGUCGGAUUUGUUCACUCUCAAAGAUGGGGUUGUCACUCCUGUGCUGAAGGCUGCAAACCCCCCUGUGCGAGCAAAUGUGUUACAUUUGGAUGUUGAAUAUUCUGUCCAUAUAGCGGAGGCUGUAAGGACCAUGUUUGCACCAUACUUUGAAAAAGGCCUUGUUAACCUAGAGGUUGCGAGUUCAAUUCUCGACUGCUCCCAUAUUAAAUAUGCUCAAGGAAUAGAAGAGCCUUUGUUGCAGUCACGUGUAAAAGCCCAUAGGGCAUUUGAGUGAGAAAACAUGUUAGAGUAUAAAACUUUUUUGGGUAACUAGCCACCAAUUUAAGCUUUUGAAUGAAUUGGUUCCUAGAGGUCACGAGUUCAAUUCUCCAUAGUUCUAUUUUGAUUUAUGUACGGACUAUAGAGAAACCUUUGUUGCACGGUGUUUGUUAGAGAUCAAGGUAUGGAAGAGCCUUUGUUGCAGUCACAUUUAAAGCCCAUAGGGCAUUUGCGUAAGAAAACAUGUUAGAGUAUAAAACCUUUUUUUGGGUAUGGGUAGCUAGCCUCCAAUUUAAGCUUUUUGAUGAAUUGGUUCCUAGAGUUUGCGAGUUCAAUUCUCAAUAGUUCUAUUUUGAUUUAUGUACGAACUAUAAAGAAACCUUUGUUGCACAGUGUUUGUUAGAGUUCAAGGUACGGAAGAGCCUUUUUUGCAGUCAUGUUUAAAGCCCGUAAGGCAUUUGCAUGACAAAACAUGUUAGAGUAUAAAACAUUUCAUAGACCACAGACAUCAAUGAAGCUCCAUACGUCCUCAUAUUACCAGGACACGUCCUCAUGAAGCUCCAUACGUGCUUAUGCAUCCAAUUCAUAUCAUAUUCCAGGUUGCUUAUAAAUAACCCACAUGAGAUCCAAAUGGCUCGGAAACCCCCCUAAUUUGUCCCUUCUAGAUAGGAGGUCAUACUAAUAGGUCUCAAAUAUGUCGGAGAACUCCUAAUUUGACCCUUCUAGAUCGGAAACCCCCCUAAUUUUCCAAUUCUCAACAAUCAAUUCCACCUUCUUUAUGCUCACCUUGGGAAAUUAUAAAUAUGUGAGAACCAU